UAAAUGAUGUCUGAGAAUCCUAACUGGUGGAGUAUGCAUCCACCAUCAUUGAUCCCUCCCCAGUAUGGUUUUGAAUCUUCUUCAAUCCCUUUUAAUUCUUUGACAGAUAAUCCAGAGAACCCUCAAUCAUUGAGCCAACUUCUUUUCACUGGAUUACCGGGAGAAGAAGAGAGAGUACUGGGAUUGAGUCAUUUUCAAUCAAAAAAGUUGGAAAACUGGGAUGAACAUAUUUUUAAUCCAUCAACCAUAGUUCCUAUUAAUGUUGAUGUAAUAAAGCAAGAGGUUCCCCAAAGUGGCAACAACUUAUAUCACCAUAGGCAUGAGGAAUUUCAGGUUUCUGGAGCUGGGUCAUCUUGGUCACAUAUUUUGCCAGUGUCUUCCCCUAGGUCUAGUGUCCCUAGCUUUAACAGUAAUAAUUUAUUGGAAUUCACUUAUAACAAAGCAGAUCAUAGAAAGAACCAACUACCAGAUCACAAAUCUGAGUCUAAUAGCACAGCCACUGUUGGACUUUGCAAGAAGAAUAGGGGUCAGCCUUCAUCUUCAAGCCAACCCCCUCUGAAGGUGAGGAAGGAGAAACUAGGUGAUAGAAUUACAGCCCUUCACCAGCUAGUUUCUCCAUUUGGAAAGACUGACACAGCUUCUGUCUUGUUAGAAGCCAUUGGAUAUAUCAGAUUCCUGCAGGGUCAAAUUGAGGCACUCAGUUCUCCUUACUUGGGCAAUGGAUCGAAAAACAUAAGGAAUCAACAUUCUGUAUAUGGAGAAAGAAAUUCUGUAUUUCCUGAGGACCCCGGUCAGCUUUUGAAUGACACUGGCCUCAAAAGAAAGGGAGCUCCAAACCAGGAUGCAAAAGAUAAACCAAAGGACUUGAGGAGUAGAGGGUUGUGCUUGGUUCCUGUCUCUUGUACCCAACAUGUUGGAAGUGAAAAUGGAGGUGAUUACUGGGCACCAUGGGCACCUGCAUAA